UACAUUCCCCAGCCCCAGCAAGAUGAAAUUUCUGUUUUGUUUUGUUUUUUUAAGUUACUCUAGUUUUACCCAAAAGCUUUUUGUAAAGAUUUGAAUGAGGCCUUGCCCAUCCCAGGAUAGUGCCCUUUGACUGGAAGCAGAGUGCUUCUGCCUGAGGCUGAUCCAUUAUGCACGAGUGGGCAAGGCUCCUGUGAGCAGUCCCCUGGGCAGUGACUGAGAAGGAUCCUCUACGGCGAUGCCAGGCUCCUCUGCAGACAUUGUGAGAUUCUGCCAGUGACACCCCUGCUCCCCUGCUGUGUACACGAGUCAUUCUUUGAGAAGGUGGCCCUAACCUCAACUACCAGCAGAAGUGAGUCCCCAGUCCUCCAGGAAAAGCCCUUUUAUUCGUCUGUCCUGGGCAUGUGGUAACGUCUGCUGCUAACACUCUCAGCAGCGUCAAGAUCCUGUGUGUCACAAGCCUUUCGGUGGGCACCGAACACGCCUGGGACCACAAAGUGGAAUGUUGUUCGGACAAUUGCGCUAAGUGACUCCACACUGGACUCAGGUCGCUCUAGCUUCUGGCCACCGUCUGAGAGGCGGCGGCAGAGGGGAUGAGCACCGGAUGCACAAAGCGCCUACCGCGAGCUAUCUCCGGGAGGUGGACACCAAGCAGGGCUUCUCGAAGGACCGCGCGGACCUUUAUCUCCCCAGGUACAAGGUGGCGAAAGCUUCCUGUUGCGCCUCGGGUCAGGAUGCUCUGGGCAUCUCCCUGCUGCUGAGAUGUUCUGCUUCCACUCUCUGCCAUCCCCAGCCCGGGUCUCAGGAGGGGAGGACUGAGUGGGCCCGGCAUCAGACCCUCGUGCAGGUGGAUGAAAAGUGUCGGAGGCCUUGUAUGGGAUCAGCGAUCACACUUUAAGAGCCAUGGACGAAGGGACUGCGCAGUCCCGGGCCCAAGAGCAGCUAGAGGCACCUUCCUCAGUGGGAGCUGUCCAAGAGAAGUGCGAGUCAGAGUCCUUCAGGUCUAAGAGUUUACCGGUCCUGCACAGCGCCUCCUGCCGGCAGAAUUUCAGUGCUGGGAAUGCAGAUGGCAAACUGGCCUUGGGCUGCACUGAAGUUUCAGGUCUCCAGGAGAUGCAUCUAGGACGGAACUUGAUAGUCCCCAGCCCUUCUGCUCCAUCCACUUCAGCAGGCACUACAACGGAACAUAUGGACUGUAACCACAGGAUGGACCCCAGCAAAACUGUGUCAGUAUCUUCCACUUUGGCCACGCUCCAAGAGAGAAGGUGUCUCUACGUGGUCCUUACGGAUUCUCGCUGCUUCUUAGUGUGCAUGUGUUUUCUGACUUUCAUCCAGGCGUUAAUGGUCUCUGGGUACCUGAGCAGUGUCAUCACCACCAUCGAAAGGCGCUAUAGCCUGAAAAGUUCUGAGUCAGGGCUGCUGGUCAGCUGCUUUGAUAUAGGAAACCUGGUGGUUGUGGUAUUCGUCAGCUACUUUGGUGGCCGUGGGCGGAGGCCCCUAUGGCUGGCGGUGGGUGGACUUCUUAUCGCCAUCGGGGCUGCGCUCUUUACUUUACCUCACUUCAUCUCGCCUCCCUAUCAAAUCCAAGAGUUGAACGCUUCGGCCUCCAACGAUGGCCUUUGUCAGAAUGGCAACUCCACGGCCAUCUUGGAGCCUCCUCCCUGUCCCAGGGACUCGGGAGGAAAUAGUCACUGGAUCUACGUGGCUUUAUUCAUUUGUGCACAGGUUCUCAUUGGAAUGGGCUCCACACCGAUUUACACCCUGGGACCAACCUAUUUAGAUGACAACGUCAAGAAAGACAAUGCAUCCUUAUAUCUAGCCAUCAUGUACGUCAUGGGAGCACUUGGCCCUGCAGUAGGAUACUUACUAGGUGGGCUGCUCAUUGGCUUUUAUGUGGAUCCCAGAAGUCCUGUUCACCUUGAUCAGAAUGACCCUCGGUUCAUCGGAAACUGGUGGAGUGGAUUCCUUCUUUGUGCCAUUGCAAUGUUUCUUGUGAUAUUCCCAAUGUUUACUUUUCCAAAAAAGCUUCCACCUCGACACAAGAAAAAGAAAAAAUUUUCUGCCGAUGUCGUUAGCGAUGAUGACAUAAUCAAGGAGAAAUCAAACACAAGCGAGCAAGUGAACAAAAAAGUUUCUUCAAUGGGCUUUGGAAAGAAUGUCAGAGACCUACCGAGAGCAGCUGUCAGGAUCUUAAGCAACAUGACAUUCCUUUUUGUGAGUCUGUCAUACACAGCUGAGAGUGCCAUUGUCACCGCUUUCAUUACCUUCAUCCCCAAGUUCAUCGAGUCACAGUUUGGUAUCCCAGCUUCCAAUGCCAGCAUCUACACUGGUGUCAUCAUUGUCCCCAGCGCUGGUGUUGGCAUUGUCCUGGGAGGCUACAUCAUAAAAAAACUGAAGCUUGGUGCAAGAGAAUCUGCAAAACUAGCAAUGAUCUGCAGUGGGGUGUCUUUGCUGUGCUUCUCAACUCUGUUUAUUGUUGGAUGUGAGAGCAUUAAUCUAGGAGGCAUAAACAUCCCUUACACAACGGGACCUUCUCUGACCAUGCCCCAUAGGAAUCUGACAGGAAGCUGUAAUGUUAAUUGCGGUUGUAAGAUACACGAAUAUGAGCCAGUCUGUGGAUCAGAUGGGAUCACAUACUUCAACCCAUGUCUGGCUGGCUGUGUUAACAGUGGGAAUCUUACCACCGGGGUCCGAAAUUACACAGAGUGUACCUGCGUCCAAAGUCGACAAGUGAUCACCCCGCCCACGGUGGGACAGCGCAGCCGGCUCCGAGUGCUCAUAGUGAAAACCUAUCUCAACGAGAAUGGCUACGCUGUGUCUGGGAAGUGCAAACGCACCUGCAAUACCCUCAUCCCCUUCCUGGUCUUCCUUUUCAUAGUUACCUUCAUUACAGCGUGUGCCCAACCGUCAGCCAUUAUAGUGACGCUCAGGUCUGUGGAAGAUGAGGAAAGGCCGUUCGCGUUGGGAAUGCAGUUUGUCUUGUUGCGAACACUUGCAUACAUUCCUACUCCGAUUUACUUUGGAGCUGUGAUUGACACCACCUGUAUGCUCUGGCAGCAGGAAUGCGGGGUGCAGGGCUCUUGCUGGGAGUACAACGUGACGUCAUUUCGUUUUGUCUACUUUGGCUUGGCUGCUGGCCUCAAGUUUGUUGGCUUUAUUUUUAUUUUCCUGGCCUGGUACUCUAUCAAGUACAAAGAGGACGGAUUGCAGAGGCGGAGGUGCAGAGAAUUCCCUCUGAGUACUGUGACUGAGCAAGUGGGCCGGCCCAGCAAAGCUGAGAAAUACUCCUGGGCUACAUCAUGCCCAGCCUUCAGCACCCAGGGGGAAUUCCAUGAAGAAACUGCUCUGCAAAAGGGAUUCCCGUGCUCCACACAGACAUAUCCUGGACCUUUCUCAGAAGCAAUAAGUUCCUCUGUGGACCCUGGGCUGGAGGAGAGCCCUGAUGCUGCUCUGUAGGGUCCCUGCUACAGCCUGGAGAAGGAAGAUGUGUCUUAUUGGUUGAGUUGAGUAUGGCAAGUUGAGAAACACCUGUGCCUUCUUUCUUUUUUUAAACCUCCACAGACACAAUCCUCAAACCAACAAAACUCAGUCUACACAGCCACUGUUGCUGAGGGCUGGAUACCUCAACAAGACUGACAGCCUUUCCCCUCUUUUCUCCAGGGAGGAGCUUAGCUAGAUCUGUCGUCAUGUCUGCUAGGUUCACUUUAUGCUCAUGCUCCCGUUUGGUAGAAGCCUGAGACCCAUGGUUGACCAUGGGAAAGGCUAUGACCACACAUAUCAUUAGCGUAUACUCCAGAUAAAGGUGAGCUUGACCAGGACUUUGCAUUUGCAAGCCAGAGUUUUUAGAUUUGAACACCUACUGUGAGUUCUGCAGCAAAGCACAACUGAAUUUGCCUCAACUAUGCAAUUUGAUUGGGAAUACAAAAAUGUGGCGUGUUCCUUUGGCUUUCAGAGAAUAAAGCAGAUAUGUUUUUCAUAAGUGGAAGCUGAAUGUUCCCUAAAGCACUGUUAAUUGCAGUUUAAGCCAUAACACACUUAUCAAUCAGGUAGAAAAUUUCAAAUGCUUCAAAGCACUGUAUUCUGCAAUGGAAGGAUUCCUUAAGAUGUAUUUUCUCUUAGUCUGUUUACUCCAUCUCAAGGUAGAUUAAGAGGCUGCUGAACCAUACAUCCGAGAGCCUGAAUAUGUAAACCACAGUAUUCUUUCAUAAGGGGCUUUAAAACUAGUAUGCUAGACAGUAUGGCUAGAAACUAUAAUUUGAGAUGCAUCAUAAGGAAGGAAAUGAUGGCCUUCAUAUCUGAGGAAUCAGCUCUUAAGGGCCCACUAAGACUAGGGAAGAGUUACUACCACUUUGACAUUCAAAGUAGCUGAUACAGAAAGCCCCAAAGUAAGAUCGAGUCCCAACCAGGGCAUCUCACUUAUGUCUCUAACACGCUGGCAAGUCUCUACUGAUUUGUUUUUUGUUCGUUUAGAAAGUGGUCAUGGUUGCCUUAGAAAAUAAAUAAUUCAGUCAGGAAAGCUGUACCUAGGAUACAAAAAUCACUGCACAGAGGAUGGGAAAUUUGUCAGCCGAACAUGGAAUAUGAUCAUACUUUAAAUAAUGGGUUAAUGUAAAACUAGCUAGUACUAUACAGAGAAACUC